AUGAUGUACUUAGACGCUGGGAAAUCGUCGUUUUUAGAUGUUGUUGAAAAAUAUGUGAAGGAAAAAGGCAGCUCACCACCAGGCAAUGCUGAGACCAGUGGUAGUAAUUAUAAAUAUGAUGAACAUCUAACUGCCACUAUGAAGACGAUCACUAUACCAAAGAUUAACCAAAAUGUAUAUGAAGAUAUUACUGGUAAUAAUAGCAAUACCAAUAAAAAUCAACCAGACGCAGACUUUACCACUAAGCAACCCUUCCAAAAUGAGAACAAUAAGAUCAGAAUCAAAGAAUAUAUUAAUAUUUCGGAGACAUCAUCUUCUUCCUUUGCUAAUGGUGAUAAAGGUAAUGUUGCCGAAAACGAUGACAUCCAUAAUGAUGAACAUUUACCUACUGAAAGCCUAUUCAAAGAUACUCGAGAUUCUAGCACACACCAUUAUCACACAACCGAAAAUAUGACGUAUUGGAACUCUACAUCAUUAAAUGAUUUAGACAAGUUCGUGUCCUCAUUUCCAACAAAGGACAAUAUGACUAACUUGGUGAAUGAUUUUUAUUUAAAUACCGCUAAGGAUAAUAACACCAUCGACACGAAUAUAGAUGUCACAUCACAUUUACAAACAACAAGAAAUAUCUCAAUUGGUGAAGGGGAUCACAUGCCAUUCAAGACAGAACCUGUUAAGAAAAGGAAAACUUCAAAAAUAGAUAAAAAAGUUUCAUUUUCUCCAAGGCCUUCACCAUUAGUGUCUAAUUUUACUGCAUCCUCGAACUUCGAGUACACACCUUUAAUAAAAACUGCUAGUAGUACUUCAGAUAACGUUACACCAUACUUGGGUCUUCAAAAUGGACAUUCUUCAGAGCCUCAAGUGAAUGGGUUAUCAUCAUCAUCAACUCAUAACAUUUAUGAUGAAUCACCCGCAACUGUGGAUUUUGAAUAUUUAGGUAGUGAGUUACAAAAUAAACUAUUCAAAGACUUAUUCUCAGUUGAAGAAUUGAACAUCGAUUUACCAAGUCCAGCAAAUUUGAAUACAACCACCGCUAACAACACCAGAUAUAACACACGCUCAAAUGACGGAAAUGACGGUGUCAGCAACGACAACAAAAACAAUAAUAAUAACAAUGAUACGUAUAAUGGAAAGGUACGUAAGGCAACAACUAUGAGGCCCCCAUCGAAAUCACAUGUAACAAGAACAAACAAGAGACAUUCUACAGGUGAACCAAUAAAUUUCAUCUUACCAUCGACAUCGACUACACCAAAAAUGACGAAUGUAAUGAAAAAGGGAUCAGCAUCUGCAUUAUCAUCCCCAGUUAUUACAUAUACUAAAGUUCCUGCUGAAGAAGGAUCUGAUACUAGGAAAUCGAAUUCAAAAUCAAAUUAUGUGGUAGCAAGUAAAUCGCCAGUGAUUAAACCACUAAAACCAAAGAAUAGAUCAAGUAGUUCUAACCUUGAUAGUACUACACCAAAAAUGAUGUUGUUACCCACAAGUGCUAUACAACCAACAACAACAACAACGGAUGCUCCCCUCAAUCUAGGCGUUCCUGCUAUCUCAACAGUAUCAAAGAAAUCAAAGACUACACCAGCAGACAUUUCAACAAAAUCAUCGUCUCCAUCACUUACACCCAAUGGGAAGAAAGUUGAGAAGAAAACGACACAUAGAGAAGCAGAGGCAGAGAGAAGAAAUCGUUUAAAUAAUGCAUUGACAGAUUUAAAUUCAUUACUACCAGAAGGUUUGAAAAAAAGUGUCAGUAUUCAAUCAAAAGCUGUCAUUGUGGAAUUAGCUUCGAAAUAUAUACGACAACUGCUUCAAGAAUUGGAAAGAAAAUAA